UGAGUCGUUGGAACAACUCCUCGCUUUACGUAGCGCUCCAAGCGGUUCCGUACAUAUAGCUUUCUGAUAUAUGUAAGCUAGUAAAAAGGGGAGCUAGUCUUCUUUUAAAAAGCCCCACUGAGUUGGGGCGACCCCUAAUUGCCAGAUGAAGUGCCGGAAUGGAUGCGGAAUAUUUGGUGCUUGCGGCGCUGUUCUGGUCGGAAUUCUCGCAUUUCUUAUAUGCGGAGUCCACUGCGAUAAGGUAGAAGUUAUAGAGCUGGGCAAUUGGACGAUAACUAAUCAGAAUGGCUCCCUUACCAUUGCAAAUCAAUCGUUGCCCUCGGGAAUAUACAGUGUUUUCGGACCUCAAGUGCUGGAUUCCUACAAUGACAUCGGGCUGCGUUAUCUGGCCCACGACAACUGGACUUACUCUAAUGUCUUUCAGUUUGACGUCCGCCACUACCAACGCGGCCACAUCAACCUGACCUUCCACGGCAUUGACACUGUGGCGGAGGUCCGUCUGAACCACCAGCUCCUGGGACGCACGGAUAACAUGUUCGUGCGCUACUCCUACGACGUGAGCUCCCUGCUCCAAGCGGAAAACUUGCUUGAGGUGGAGAUCCAAUCGCCCGUAUUAGCUGCCCUGGCAAGAGCCAAUAUUCUGAACGAGACCAACAAAAGCGUGCCUCCGGAAUGCCCCCCCGACCGAUACCAUGGCGAGUGCCACAUGAACAUGUUGCGCAAGAUGCAAGCGAGCUUCUCCUGGGACUGGGGUCCUGCAGCCCCCUCUGCUGGGAUCUGGAAGACAGUGGAACUGGAGAUCUACGAAGUGGCCGUCAUUCGUGACGUUGACGUGGACGUCAGCCGCAUCAACGGCUCGCAUUGGAAUAUGCAUAUUCGCUGCUACCUGGACGCGGUUGGCGGACAGGACUUCAACGGAAAACUGGUUCUGUACGCUGUCGAGCUAUUGGACCAUCCGGUGGUUGUGGACACAUACGUAUUGGAAACCAUCAGCCACUUGGCGCCAGUAAUUGAGUUCGAUCAGCCCGUGCCAAUCGAGAAAGUCAGAACCUGGUGGCCCAAUGGCUACGGCGAGCAAAAGCUUUAUCCGCUCCACUUCACCCUGAAGGCCUGGCUCGGCCCUGAUGAACCCGAGGUUCGCUCUAAGACCAAGUCGCACAAGUCGCUCCGAGUGGGCUUUCGCACGCUCGAACUGAUCGAGGUUCCCGCCCCAGACGGCGUAGGAAACACCUUCCUUUUCCGUGUCAAUGGCGUGGAGAUGUUCAUGAAGGGCAGUAACUAUAUACCAUCCCACAUCCUACCCGAAAUGCAAACAAAUGACCAGAUUUCCCAUUUAUUGAGGUCCGCCAAGGAAGCGCAUAUGAACAUGCUGCGGGUGUGGGGAGGCGGCGUUUACGAGUCGGACUACUUCUACCAGCUCGCCGACAGUCUGGGCCUCCUGAUUUGGCAAGAUAUGAUGUUUGCCUGUGCAAUGUACCCAGUGGGUGACGACUUCCUGUCAUCGGUGCGUGAGGAGGUUCGGCAGAACGCCAUGCGGCUAUCGCACCACCCCAGCGUGGCCAUUUUUGUGACCAACAAUGAAAACGAAGCCGCCCUGGUACAGAACUGGUACGGCACGUUCUCCGAGCGAGAUCGCUUCGAGAGCGAGUACCGGGAGCUCUACCUGGCCAAUGUGAUCCACGAGCUAAAACUGGUAUCGCAUAGCUCCCGACCCAAGCCACUGGUUUCCUCGCCCUCCAAUGGCAAGGCCAGUGAGCAGGACAACUACAUUUCCAGCAACCCCCAGGAUAAUCACAACGGCGAUGUACAUUUCUACGAUUACCUAAGGGACGGCUGGGAUCCGGGGAUUUAUCCACGUCCUCGAUUCGUUAGUGAGUACGGCUUUCAGAGCUUUCCUGGCGCAUACGCCUGGCAACGUAGCAAUAUCGACAGCGACGACCUUCUCCAUCUGAUCAGUCACCGCCAGCACCACCCCUUGGGGAAUGUUCCCGUGAUCACCCUGGUGGAGAGACACCUUCCGCUUCCCUUGCCAGAGGAAGAUAACUACGCCAACGCCCUAAUCUACUUCAGCCAGAUCGCCCAGGCAAUGGCCACCAAGGUGGAAACGGAGCUGUACCGCAGCCUUCGGGACACUCCGCACAAAACCAUGGGCGCCCUUUACUGGCAGCUGAACGACGUAUGGGUGGCGCCGUCCUGGUCCGGCAUUGAUUUCUACGGGAACUGGAAGAUUCUUCAUUACUGGGCUCGGGACUUCUUGGCGCCCAUUGCAAUCGUGGCCCUCUACGAAAGUUCCACGGACUCGCUGAACAUCUCGCUUAUCUGCGACCAACUGGAGGUGGACACGCGGGAGCUGACAGUCGUAGCCAAUGUUCAUCUCUGGUCCCAGCUCCUGCCGCGCGAAUCAACCUCCUGGGCAGUUACCCUGCGCCCCAAUGGCGUUCAGUACGACAAGGUCAUCCCAAUCGCCGACCUGCUGCAGGGGCAGUUCACCAAAACCAACGCUUUUCUGGAGCUCCAGCUGCGCCGCGGCCAGGAGGUGAUCUCCAAGACCCACUUCUUCCCCAGCAGCAUUUCCGCAGCAGUCGGGUUAGAGGACCCCGGCCUGGAGUACGAGAUCGCCUCGCGGAACUGCCUCAACACCAGCGAUGUCAUCCGCAACAGCGUCAGCAUCACCAUACAGGUGAAGCGCCCAGCUGUAUUCGUGUACCUGGAGCUGCUGAAGCCAUACCGCUACACCCUGUCCGAGAACGGCUUCAUGCAGACCACGCCGAUGCACGUCGUCUACCUGACCUUCGACGCGCCCGCGUGCUCCUGGCUUCUGCGCAAGAGCGACAUCCGGGUGCUGACCGUCAACGACUUCAUGAGAUAGACCGAACGUCUUCCUUGACAACUUUAAUUCAACGUUUAUAAAUAGCUUAACAAUAGACAAAUCAAUAAAUAGCAGUAACCGUUGAGCACCCGA